CGAAACAAAACCUUCUUAUGUUUUAGACUUAAAUUAUAAUAAUUUUAGUAUUUUACACAGACAUGCGCAAUCAAACAUUCUACGUCAUAGAUUUUAUUUUACAAACCAAAGGAAUCAAACUAUAACAUUAAAACUUGGUUUCGAUAUAUGUACAAGAAUUUCGCCCUCAAGACGUUAACCACUCAACAUCAUACCGGUGCUCUAUACCGGGCCAUCUUACCGGAAAAUCUUUCCGGCAUUGAAGUGUCUGUCGUCCGUCUCACCGGGAAGAGCCUUUGGAACUCCGGGGCCAAGUUCAGCAACGUGCUUAUUCCGGAAAGGUCAGUUUCGGUUCCUCCUGCGAGAAGAGUCGCUAUCGUGUACCAAAAUCUAGGGAAUUGGUCCAACCAUUGGUAUACGGUACCCGGUUACCGAUUAAUCACUUCUGUCUUAGGGUUUAAGGUAUUGGACGUGUCAGAUCAAGACAAUGUCAAAGAGAUAAGACUAAGGAUGAAGAAUCCUGUGGAGGUUUCGUUUAUGGAUCUACCUAAAGAGACGGAUGAGGAAAUGCUGUCUAGGGUAAGAUGCGUGAGUUUCAAGGCACAGACCAAAGAUGAGAAAGUGACUCAUAUAAGCCGAAUGGUUCUUCCCGGCGUGUGUUACGGUUCUAGCCAUGGGGAUUAUUCGGUGGUCGAGCCCUUGGAGAAUGAUAAAAAGAAUGUCGAGUCGUGGUGGACCUGGUGGUGGUUGUGGAUCGUGGAGUUUAUUUCAGGAUUUGGCGUGUUAGCAUUUCUAUGGUUUUUGUGUAUAAUGGGGAUAAGGGUUUCAAGAGCGAAGAAGAUUCAAGUGAUGAUGGAGAGAGACGCUAAUGAUGGUGAAGUGUUUGAGAGCAGAUGGAUUGGUGGAAGUAAAAUGCCAUCUGCAGCUGUAACCAGAACCUUACCAGAGCCAGAAUCCGGAUUCGAAAGGGUCUCUUAGAUAAUUGGUUGGGUCUUACUUGGUUGGAAAUUGAAAAUUACUCCCGAUAAAAAAAAUAUGUAGUG